CGACGCUUUGCGCAUGCGCCCUGGAUCACCACCAACAUCAGGGAAGCAGAAGAGGAUGGCGGAGGAUGGGAAGGACGACUCGGUGGCUACUGACGACGAUUCAGACCUAACAGCAGCCGACGGGAGCCUGAACAACACGAUGGUGGAAGAAGGCUCCACUCUCCUGCGCAGGAUGGAGAUCUGUGUUGCCGAGGCUGAGAAAAGGAGCGGCAAAAAUGCAGUGAGCAUGCAGGAGACGUUCACUGUGUAUCUGAUCGAAACAAGGCCAAUGGAUGCGGUCGCUGAAGGCCGUAACCCAGCUCCCGACUCUCUGUGGAGGCGAUACAGUGAAUUUGAGCUGCUGCGGAACUAUCUGAUAGUCACUUAUCCCUACAUCGUGGUCCCCCCUCUGCCUGAGAAGAGGGCAGAGUUUGUGUGGCACAAGCUGUCCGCAGACAACAUGGACCCAGAUUUUGUGGAGCGCCGCAGGGUCGGGCUGGAGAACUUUUUGCUUCGUGUGGCCUCUCAUCCAGUCCUGUCCAAUGACAAGAUCCUCUACCACUUCCUCACUGAGGAACAUGGCUGGAAGGAGGUCGUGUAUGAGACAGGAUUUCAGGCAAAGGCGGAUUCCAGACUCAGAGCUCUCAGUGCCACCUUCAGGGUGAGAAAUCCAGAUAAACGCUUCAUGGAAAUGAAACAUUACAGCGAUGAGCUGCAGUCUCACACAUCUCAGCUGCUCCGAGCACGAGCAAGGGUUGCAGAUCGACUGUAUGGUGUUUACAAGGUCCACGGCAACUAUGGAAGAGUCUUCAGUGAGUGGAGUGCCAUAGAGAAAGAGAUGGGAGAUGGACUGCAAAGUGCUGGUCAUCAUAUGGAUGCGUAUGCUGCCUCAAUAGAUGACAUCUUAGAAGAAGAGGAACAUUAUGCAGAUCAGCUGAAAGAAUAUCUUUCCUAUGCUGAAGCCCUGAGGGCAGUGUGCAGGAAGCAUGAGCUGGCCCAGUUUGAGCUUGAGAUGGCCUCUCAGGACCUCAUCUCUAAGAAGCAGCAACGUGAGGAACUAGCUACAGGGAUAGUACGGACAUUCUCUUUUAAAGGCAUGACAAACAAGCUUUUUGGACAAGAAGCACCUGAGCAGAGGGAGGCCAAGCUUAAGCUGUUGGAGGAGCUGAUAACAGAGGGCGAAGAGACUGUCAAGGAGAAAACCGUGGAGUGCGAAGAGCAUGUUGAAAGGGCAUGGGUGGACAUGCAACGAUUCAAGGAGCAGAAAGACAAAGAUCUACGCGAAGCCCUCAUCAACUACGCUGUCAUGCAGAUCAGCAUGUGCAAGAAGGGGAUACAAGUGUGGAGCAAUGCCAAAGAAUGUUUCCUCAAGAUGUGAAGUUGAAGCCAUAGUCAGAGGAUUUCAGUGAUGCUCCAUUGUGGAUUCUCACAAAUGAUGCCAAUGUUUUCUGGGUGAGGUCGUAAAACCCCAAAAUAUGUAAAAACAUAAUACGUGUACAAACAGUAAGCACUUAUUUAGCAAUAGGGAGUUCUAUUAACUGUUAACCUUUUGUGGAGUGAACAGAUGUAGGGUGGUGGUAAUUUUAAAAGCACAUAACUACACACUGGAAAUCAGCUCAUAGGAUGGACUUUUUUAAUUACCAAGACCAGUUUCUCUAACUUUUAACAGACACUUUGGCCUUUUGGGCAUUUACCAGCAAAGGAAUCAAAGUGUAUGUGGGAUUACUACACUCUUUAUUUAAAAUGAGGCACUUUAUGGUUUUAAGUCAUCUCCACUCUGCAUCAGAGCAGCUGAUGUAGGUGUGAAUGAAUGCGUGAGACUAAAAGUUUCUGUUGCUUUUAAUUUUUACUCUGCCAAGGAAUGCGUCAGAGUUAUGCGACGAUCGGUGUACAUUUGUCUGGCUGUUUGUCUGUUAACAACAUUACUCAAAAACAGAUUUGGUUGAAAUGUUCAGGGAAGGUCAGAAAUGACACAAGGACCAAGUGAUUAGAUUUUGGCAGUGAUGCAGCUUAUAGUCUGGAUCCAUGGAUUUGUUAAAGAUUUCUGUAUCAUUGCCAGAUAGCGGCACGGCGUCACUGUAACUAUGACAACACUUGCAACACUACAUUAGCUGCCUGCUGAUGAUCACAUGAUUGUGAUCCUGCUACAAAUCCACUGCUGUUGACUUUUCAGGACUUAUCCAUCAGAAAUGAUACAAUGAACAUUUGAUUAAAUUGUGGGGGUGUUUCUGAGUCCCAUCAAUUCCUGCCACUUGCUACGUAAUUAGGUCACAUGAUUCGGUAUCUGUACAUAACGUACACAUGCAUAACACACACCUGUGCUCACCACAAGGUCACUUUUUAUUAAUCUGUUGGAAAUGAUGAAAUGAUUGAGCAGCCUUGGUGGAGUACUGUGCUCUCUGAGUGCUGUUCCUGUUUGUACAAUUGAUCAUUUUACAGAUAAACACAGCUGUAUUUACAACACAGACACUGUUUUAAACUUGUGUAUGGGGAGUUUGUCAGAUCAUGUCACUGUCAUAAUCAGACAUAAUCAUAAUCAGAAGUUUAGCAGUGCAGUAUCAGAUUGGAAAUGUCUAAAGUCUUAAUGGGCUGUGUUUCAGUCACUGUCUCAUACUUGUUCCCUCAUCAGACAGCAAAAACAUGAAAAUGUGUCAAUGAGAACAGAUUUAUUGGAAGUCUGACUGUAUUAAAUAUACUAUAUGUGAGCACAAAGAGUAACAGUUCCAACUUCAGAGGUUACCAGCCAAUGGCUCAAAUUGAUUUGCUGUUGAUGGCACGUCCUUGCUUCAGUACAUUGAACUGAGAUAACUGUUCUGAUCGCUAGAUGGCAGUAUGGAGCACAAAACAGUCUACUAAGUCGUCCAUCCAUUGUCUAUACACAUUUUAUCCUGGAGAGUGUUGCAGGGUGCUGGAGUCUGUCCCAGCUGACUUAGGGUGAAGGCAGGAGACACCUGGACAGGUCACCAGUCUAUCACAGGGUUACACAUAGAGACAAACAACCAGUCACUCUUAUUCACACCUACACACAAUUUAGAAUCCCAAAUUAACCUCAGCAUGUCUUUGGACUGUGGGAAGAAGCCAGGAUGAAAGCAGGAACACCCAGGCAGGGAGAACAUGGAAACUCCACACAGAAAGGCACCAGCUGAGAUUUGAACCCGGAACCUUCUAGUUGUGAUGUGAUUGUUCUAUCCACUGCACCACUGCCUUUUAUUUAUUUAGUAUUUUCUUAAUUUUGUCAUAUUACUAUGUGAAACACGCAAAUGGCAUUUGCUGUAUUUUGUUUUUUUUUUAUUUGGUUCCCUGAAGGUUAGAUGUUUAACGCUGAAUCAUUCAUGUAUACAAGAAGCAAACUAGAGUCCCAAAAUGCUCCUCCACCUUUAUGCUGUGGUUGUGGUUUUCUCCAAAAUUCCCACGUCCUCUUGUAAAUUCAGAUUGUUGUUUGGGGAGAGAAAAUGGUUUUCUUUCAUCUUGUUAAUGUCCAUUCACUAAUCCUGUGCUCUCUAAUUCAGAGAACUGGCUUUUACCUUAUGCUAGUGUUUAAUUCAGAUGUUUACUACAUGUAAGAUUUUUGGAGCUUGAUCCACACAAGGGAUUUUAAAUCUGAUUCUCUCUUGCAUGAUUCUUUUUGAAGUCUGUAUCGUCUUAAUCUCCCAACUUUAUGCAGGGGCAAUACUAUGCUGCUGGAUAAUCCCAAAGUCAACUGAGGUUUCAUUUAGACUGAUGUGAAACCUGCCAUAGGAUUUUGUAGUAGUAGAUGGGAAUUUAAAAGCUAAAAUAUUUCAUGAGCAUUAGCUAGAGAAGAAUCAGUCAUCUAUUAAUUGAUCUAUGUAAUAAUACAAGAUGAACCUGUAACCACGGUGACAGCUUUUGUCCCUGAUACAUCAGACAAUGAAAAACAGUUAACCCUGUAAACCCCAAGCAGUUUCUGGCUGUUCCACUGUGGGAUCCUGCACCUCUGUGGAAGCAGCACAGUGAUGCCUAGAGAGAACUGAGGUGUUCUCUGCAGUAUGACUCAGCUAAAAUGUCAUAAAUCAUGAAAAAAUAAAUGAAGUUGAAUUUCUUGGAUUACUUAUUUUAUGAACCUGAAAAAAAAAUUAAUCACCAUGUGCAACAUUAUUUUCCAAGUCCCCACAGACGUUCCAAGUACUGGAAAAUAGUGGUGCCAGUAUGAUGAUUCUUCUUGUUUUUAUGGUUUCUGGCUCUGAUAAAUUGAGAUUUUCCUGCAAUAAAUCAUUCAUAUCCCUUGAAAUUGUCACAAGUCUCUAGACAGAUUUGACCAGACCAUUACCCUAAAUGGAAAAAGUAGCAUAUUUGAUCUGAAUCAAAUGAGCUGAAGUACAGGUGCAAGAGGAAGCUACCUCAACAUGAAAGCAUCAAAAGCACAUUAUGUGGCUUCAUAGCAUCUUAUGCUUGCAAGGCCAAAGGUGCAUAUUGUUGUGAACAAAUGACAGUCACAUUCUCCACUUCCCUCUGCCAUCAGGUUAUUUUUUUUACAGUGAUGCAUUAAGGAUGAAUUAGAGCAAGGAGGCUACAAGAUACUGAUUACAUGUGGUGAGAUCCAGGCAGUGUGUUGUACUAAUGUACGGUAAGGUUUGUGACACAGCCUGAGAUGCUUUUAAUUGAACUGAACCCUCGUUCAUUGACUCAACCUCUUUGCUCUGUGUUCCGUGUGUUACCGAAAUUACAUUUAAUCUUACUGUUUUGAAGGCUUGCCAGCAAUAAGCUUCGUGAGUGUAACGAUUUGAAUUUUUAAUGUUAAUGUCAAUUUGGAUGCUGCUUCUGUUUGGUCUAUUUAUAUGAAUAAAUAUAUUACAUCACUGA